AUGAGCGGCAGCGACACGCAGCACCUGCUGUCGAUAUUACGCGGCACGGCGGCCGGCCCGCCCCCUCCUCCUUCAGCGUCGUCGACGUCGUCGCAGGCCCCGGGACCGGCGGCCGCACCGCCGCACGGCCUGCCUGGCGUGCACGACUUGCAGCAGGACCACUCGGGACCCACGCUCGCUGCGCCCCUCGCGACAACCGACUCGCUCCUCGCCCUCUUCUCGCGGCCACACCCGUCGUCGGCCGACUCAGCCAGCCCCUCUCGCAGGCCGCACGAGGCCCCGAGCAGCAUACAGCACCAGCAUCCGCACCGCCAGCCGCAGUCGCACGGCCCGACGUCGCCCAUGACGCGCCGCUCGAGCGACCUCCUGUCGCUCCUCCAGGGCACCCACGCCGCGUCUGCUGUCCAGCUCCAGCAAGACCAAGCCGCCGGCUCGUCACACGCACCGACCAACGGCGACAUGCCAGCGAGCCCGGCCAGUCCGCCCGGCGGCAACGCGAGCCAGCUCCUCGGGCUCCUCAUGGGCGGCGGCGGUCCCAGGUCGGCGCCCAACGGCUCGUCAACGGCCGACGUCGCCUCGCCGACGAGCGCACGACCUUACCCGCUGUCGUCGGUGCCGUCGCACCUCCGCCCGCUGUCGCCGGCGAGCGGCAGCGACACCUCCGAGGCGACGACCGCGGCCCCGGCUCUCGCGCCCGGUCGCCCGGCCUCGUCAGCGGGCGACGGCCCGAUCUCGCACGUGUACCUCGCCGCCCAGUACCUUGUACCCGACGCGCCGCCAGCCCUCGGCGCCCCGGUCGGCCUGCGCCUGCCGCGCUCGGCGCACCCGCCGCAAGAGCCCCAGCACCUGUCGAUCUCGCUCUCGGCCGCGCACGUCGAGGCGCUCGCGCCCUCGCUCCCGUCGACGACGCCCAUCACGCUCUUUGCGGUCCCCGUGUCGUUCCCCGGCGCGAGGCGUGCCGCAGGGACGUGGGAGCGCGGGAUCGCGUACGCGACGGGCGGCGGCAAGGGGCGCGUGCGCGUCAUCGACCGCGAGAGCGGCGCGAGGGUGCUGCUCAAGGGCGGCAAGGGCGGCGACAUAAGGGAGUUGAGGGUCGCGCCGUACGCGCUCGAGGGCAGGAGGAGGAUCGCGACCGUCGCAGAGGACGGCGCGGUCGCAGUGUGGGAGGUCACCGACUCGUUCGAGAGCGAGGAGGACGCUCGUUCUCGCCGCAUCCGCGACCUCGACUUGCCGCCGUCGGCCUCGCUCGUCCGGUUCAGCCCCGACAGCUCGGCGCAAACGCUCGUCGUCGUCGACUCCUCGUCCGCCAUCCACGUCGUCUCGCUCGACGGCAAGGCCAAGCCUCGGCAGCUUCGCCACGACGGCGACAUCGCCGACCUGACCUACUCGGCCGACGGCAAGCUCCUCGCCGUCGUCAACCGCGCCGGCGCGUACGCCGUCUACUCGGUCGACGGCCACAAGCUCGAGCGCUCGGGCUCGGUCCCGCUCGUCGAUGGCGCCGAGGUCGACCAAGUCGCGCUCCUCGAGCCGGCGCAGCGGGACGACGACCACGUGCCGCUCGCGCUCGCCGUCUCGUCGCAGCAGGGCACCGUCAUCUCGAUCGUGUCGCUCGACCAGGCCGGCGAGGCGUCGGACAUCAUGUUCUCGGCGCCGCUGGGCACGCCCGACGCGUGGGGCGCGCUCGCGUACCACCGCGCGACGCAGAGCCUCCUCGUGUCGCACUCGCUCCGCGGGUCGAUCUACUCGUUUCGCCUCACGUUCACGCCCGGCACGUCGCAAGGCGUCCGCAUCGAGCACGUCGUCGAGCAGCCGACGGCCGAGCCCAUCCUCAGCUUCGUCCUCGACCCGCUCGCCUCGGCCGACCCGCACGCCGCCACUGGCUCGUCCUCGACUGCCGCCGACCCUGACGGCCCACCCUCGAGCCCGACCAGAAGCAGCCCGCCGUUGCCGCAGCUCUCGUUCGGCGCCCUCGUCCUGCACCCGCGCGGCGUGUCGCACAUCGGCCUCGUCGGCAGCGUGCCUCGCCCGCCCUCGCGCGCGCCGACGCCCUCGACGGCCGGCACCGGCACCGACGACGACGACGAGCCGCACCUCGCCGCCAUGGCGACGGCCGCCGGGAGGAGGAUGAGCCUCGAGGGCAGCAUCUACGUCGCGAGCGAGGUCUCGGUCCGCGUCGACGAGCCCGAGACGGACGAGCUCAGCCUCAAGGUCGCGCUCCCGCCCGUCUCGUCGCCCCCGCCGAUCUCGUCGCCCACGAGGAGCGCAGAGCCGGGCGCUCGUGACCCGCCCGUCGUCGGCGGCGCCUCGUCGUUCGGCACCUACUCGCUGUCGCCCUCGCGCGCGGCCGAGCCCGCGCUUGGCGACCUCGGCAACGGCAUCUCGGGCGCCCGUACGCCGGUCGCAGAGGCGUCGAGCGGCAGCGGCGUCGCCGGCGCCGGCCCGGGCGCGAGUUCGAGCCCGAGCCCGCUGUUCAACGUCGGCAGCGGCAGCGGCGGCGGCGGCGAGCGCAUCCGCCUCGCGGGCCCGGUCGUCAACGCGGCGAUCCGCAGCAUGAAGGCGCGCCAGCAGCACGCCGUGUCGUCGGCGGCGCUCGCGAGCCCGGCGCUGUCGCCCAUCGCGUCGGCGCCGACGUCCGCGUCGGGCGGCGACAGCGGGUCCGAGCGGGACCAAGGUCCGGGAGCGGACAAGGAGAAGCGGCGCGAGGCGCGGGGGCAGCACGGCGAGGUGGGCGCGCGCGAGCUGAGGAGGCUCGAGAGCUCGCUGCCGCCCAAGGUCGCCACGGCCAUCUCGCGCGAGCUCGACAAGCACUUCCAGCAGCUCGAGCAGCACUCGACCGCCGCCGCCUCGGCAUCGACCUCGCGCGACCAGGCGCUCCUCGCCGCAGUGCAGCAGACCGUCGCCGCCGCCGUCACUCGAGCUGUCGAGGGCGCGCUCGUCAACCAGGUCGGCGGCGUCGUCGAGCAGGCCGUGCGGGCGCAGAUGGGUCGCACCGUCGAGGAGGCCAUCACUCGGGCCCUCCCUAUCGAGCUCGAGAAGCAGCUCAACCGCCCUGCCCUCAGCUUUGCCCUGUCGUCCUCGAUUGCGUCGACCAUCGCCCCGCCGCUCGAGCGCCACCUCACCGGCACCCUCGUCAAGCUCGUCGUCCCGGCCCUCGAGCAAAAGCUCUCGGACGCCGUCGCCGGCGUCGUCGGCUCGAUCCACAGCGAGAUGGUCGGCGUCCGCAAGGAGAUCGUCCAGGAGCAGAGCGGCGCCGUCGGCAUCCUCGAGGACGAGGUGGCGAGCCUGCGGCGGGAGGUGUCGACGCUCAAGGCCAUGAUGGAGCAGAUGCACGCGCUCGUGCUCCGGCGGAGCAACGAGUCGCGCUCGGCGGCGCCGUCGGCCUCGCCUCGCGUCCCGCAGCAGCCGCCUUCCCUCGCCCAGCACUCUCCGCACCACCCGCACCACUCGAACCAGCACCACCAGCAGCAGCAGUACCAGCAGUCGCACCAGCAGCGCCACGUCUCGCAGCCUUUCGUCAGCGCCGCACCUCCUCCUCCCGCCGCCGUCGUCGCCGCCGCCUCGAGGCCGCAGCCCGGCCCCUCGUCGGCCCUGCCCGUCGCCAUGCAUGCCCUCCCUCCCAUCCCUCGCGUCGCGACCCCUCCCGAGCGGUACGAGGAGCUUUUCACCGAGGCGAUGCAGCCGCAGCACGAGCCGUCGUUCGUGUCGCUGCAGCACCUCGUCGCGUCGUCGCCCCUGUCGCGCAUCGACGCCGUGUUCCCGCCGCCACCGGCCCUGCCCAAGAUCAGCAUGGCCGUCGUCCUGUCGCUCGCGUACCGCCUGUCGCAGGUCGUCGCCGACCGCCGAGGGCCGCUCGACGACGAGUCCAAGAAGCUCCUCCUGUGGCUGCGCAAGGCGAUCGCGGCGUGCGACGGCAAGCAACCGCCCGACCUGCUCGCCCUCAUCCCGCGCAUCCUGACCAACGUCGUCGACAACCUCGUCGUGCGCGGGCGCACCCUCAUGGCGCUCCAGGACCUCGCCGGCGCCAACGACGUGCGCCUCGUGCAGCAGUACGCGCACGCGCGUCUGAGCCUGUUUGCGCAGCCGGGAGCGGGCGAGGGGUUCGAGCAGUUUCGGCGGUGAGGGCGGGAGGAGGCGGGCUCUCGGCUCUCCCUCCCCCUCUCGCUUGCGCCCGUCGUCGUCGUCGCAGUACUCUGGCCGUACCUCCGUAGCAGACAGAUACCCCCUCGCUGUACAUGCUCUCUGUGCAACUCGCUCGCUGUCCUCGGU